CCAUGUACGCCAUGCAGAGCAGCUUUGGUAACCAGCAGCGUUGACUGCCAGUAGUAACGGUGAAAUGUGGGCUCACUGCUUCAACGGAUCGCGUUAAUAUAUAAAUGUUAAAGGAAUUAUUCGAUAUUUUAUACUGUUGACAGUUAUUUUAAAAGAUAUAUUCUAUUACUUAAUAAUAUUGUUUUAAUUUUAUUCUUCUGAUCAAGAUCAGAAAAAAUGGAAGAUUCUCCACUUUGGGAGCCAGUGGCACAAAAGAUCUCUGAAUCAAUUAGGGAUUUUAUGGCUAAGGUCACAAAUAUUUGGGAUGAGAUGGGCUCUCCUCUUGAAACUAAGGAAAUUUACUUGAAGCAGGUCUUCGACCAUGUUGAGGAUCUGAAAAAUGCCAUGCUUGGUGAAAUGCAAGAAAGAAGAUCAUCGCUGGCGCAGGAAGUGGACCGGCUGAUGAGUGAGGCAGUUAGCCUUAAAAAGGAUCUACAAAUUGAAGUCAGAGUUGAUGGAUACGAAAACUUAUCACUAUAUGACAUAAGAACAAAGAUUCAACAUCAUCUACAAAGGUUACGGUCAGUUAAACAACAGAGGUUGAACUCUACCAAGGAGCUUCUAAAAAAGGAACUAGAUGUUUGCAAGGUUCUUGGGUCUGAACCUAUUGGAAUGGUGACAGAAAUACCAAGUGAAACUGAAUUGAAGAGUUUCAAAUUAUAUUUGGACAGAAUUGAAGCUGAAAAGACGCGCUUGGAAGGAACAUUCAAAGAUGCCCGAAACGGUAUAAUCGAUAUAAUGGAUGAAUUGCGUCUUACACCUGAGAGUGGCUUUGAAAGCCAAGUUUACAAUGGGGAAAAUUUUGUGUACUCCACCGUCAAUAUGACGAAAUUAAGAGAAUUUCAUGAUAAUUUGAAGAAAAUGCUCAUAAAUGCGAAGCAAGAAGCAGAGGAAAAACGAGAGCAACUACAAGAUUUGUGGAAAUAUCUGGAGGAGCCGUCUGAAAAAUGUCAAGAAUUUCUGGAUAGAAAUAAAGGAUAUACUGUCAUUACCCUAAAAGCUUUUGACGACGAAAUCAAAAGAUGCAAACAGAAGCGAAGUGAGAAUAUUGCAGAGUACGUAGUAAAACUGCGCUGCCAAAUCGAAGCAUUGUGGGAUCAAUGUCAAAUUGGCGACGAGGAACGUCGAGCUUUCAAACCCUUUACAUAUCAAACUUUUACGGAGGACCUACUUAUCCUUCAUGAAAUUGAGGCUGAGACGUUACGCAAAUACUACGAAGAUAACAGAGUAAUAUUUGAACUUCUUGAGGAACGAGAUAACAUGUGGCAGCAAAUUGCUAAUUUGGAACAGCGUGCAAAUGAUCCGAAUCGUUAUCAGAAUCGAGGUGGUCAGCUGCUUGCAGAAGAAAAAGAGCGUAAAGUCAUUCAAAAGAAACUACCCAAGAUUGAGAAAGAAUUGGAAGGUUUGCUUGAAGAUUACCAGUCGAAGAACGGGAAACCGUUUACCACACAUGGAGUACCAUUGGCCGAAGCAUUGAAAAGAUCUUGGGCAGAAUACAUCGCAGCUAAACAAACUAUGAGUAUAGCUAGAAAGCAGGCAAGAGACCACCCUACAACUAUAAAAAAAACACCUUUGAGCGUUUCCAAACGCACACCGUCAGCCAUGAGUAUACGGCGUCCAUCUCCUGCGAAUUCUACGCAGAGGAAACAGCAGGGUGAUCUAACACCUUUCAAUCCCUCCCGAAAAAGAGGUUAUCGAAGUAGCGAUUCAAACAAAAAGACAGUCAGUGCAUCAAAAAUUAAACGCGGAAGGGUUUCAAGGAGAAUAUUCCCUCGCGGAGAUAAGAGCGUCCUUAAGGAUAACGAAAAUCGUGCGAUUAAUCAAACACCUUCCACUUCGGGCACGAGCAUGUCGGGAUACGAUGAAUUUCAGGACCAUCUAAUGGACAAAGAAGAGCUGCGUAGCUCGAUUUUGCCGCGAACAGUACUAAAAAGUUCAAAUCUUCAAGCGAGUACUUCUACUCGAAUUAAAACCCCAAUGAAGCCUACUAGGAAACACGUAAAGACUAUCGGUACACUGCGCAGAGCUUCGCCGAAUAAAUUGCUGUCCACCCCGCGCUCAGCAUCCCGGAGUCCAAAAACAACGUCGACCUCACGCCUCGCCCCCGCUCCAGGCACGUUACCUUUCAUUUUCUGAUUACCUUGACGUUUUAAUUUAUUAACCAAGAAACUAUAAUAUUUAUGACCUGCGUA